UGGGCGGGCCCGGACGCCUCUCUCCUGGGGUUGUUUUCCGGUCUUGAAAAAUCGGGCGAGCGGAGCGGAGCCGAAGAGGCUCGGAGAGGCGGCCUCUUUGCUUGUUUCAGUCGCCAUGGGUUUCUUGGGCCGCUUGUAUCUGCUGGGCCUCCCGCUGCUCCUCUGGACUCUGAAUACCAUGGUCCUGGGCACUCUGGCGGCCGCUGGCCAAGAAAUGGGGUGCCAGAAGUACACAAAUAAAACUUGUGAAGAAUGCCUGAAAAAUGUCACAUGUUUAUGGUGCAGCAGCAGCAAAAAAUGCGUGGAGUAUCCUGUUCGGAAUAUCCUCCCUCCAAGUUCUCUUUGUGCACUGAGCUCUGCACGCUGGGGCGUAUGUUGGGUGAAUUUUGAAGCACUGAUCAUUACCAUGUCUGUAGUGGGAGGAAUAAUCCUUGUCACACUUUUCAUCUGUUGCUGUUUCUGCUGCAGGAAAAAAAAGAACAGAAAGGCCGAUAAAGAUGAUGAAAAGGCUGCCAGGGAAAGAGAGCAAAGGAGAAUUCGGCAGGAAGAAAGGAGAGCAGAGAUGAAAUCUAGACAUGAUGAAAUUCGGAAAAAAUAUGGUUUGUUUAAAGAGGAAAACCCAUAUGCCAAAUUUGAAAAUAACUAAGAUUUCUUUUGAAAUACACAAAUAUCAUCUGGCAGUGCUGUCUAUAUAAUGUACAGCUGUGAAAAAAAAGUACAUUAGAUGCCUUAAUUGCAAAUAGAAAAAUGGUCUUGAUGCAAGAUGGAGCGUUACAGUGACAGAUGAAGACUGAAAUUAAUGAACAAACCAACAUACCUCUAAAACUCUGGAGGCUGCAAUAUAUUCACAUUAUUUUUUCCUAACUAUUAAGCAGAUGCUUAUACUACUAUAUUUUGCUUUUUGUGCAUUCUUCAAUUGCCAGCAAAGUCUUAAGCCAAAUUUACUGAUAAAUUGGGAUAGGAUGGUACACAUACUGUAUCCUUUUCAUCUGUGACCAACAGUUUGAGACAUUUUAAUAUCAAUAGUAGAUACAAGGUUUUAAAGAUCCUUGUAUAUACUUAGGAAUUUCCUAUACAAAAAUAUCAUCCACAAAAGUAACUAAAUUAUUCCAGAAAGAAAUUGCUCUCAAAAUAUUUUUGUUAUCAUGGAAUUCUAAAGGUCUGCACUUUUAUAAAUUGAUUCUAUAUUUCUUUGCAAAAUAUGUAUAGUCCUUCUGUUUUGUGCCUUUAAAAAUCUACCAUAGAAGUCAUUAAACUGAAUGUUAAUAACAGCUUGAUACUGCUUUAAACUUUAUACUGGUACUCAUUUAGCCAUAUGUAUUUAAACUGUAAAGGUUUAGCUAUAUUCAGUCUUCUUGAAUUACUUUAAUAUUGUAAUAAAAAUUUGCCAAACUCUGUAAUGUAUAAUAUAUAUCACAUUGUAUCUUUAUGUAUCCAAAUGGUAACUUAUUGUAUAAUGUCAGAAAGAAGGUCCUUUAUAACCACAAUGUAAGUUUAUGUACUUUAAGUCUUAUUGAUAAAAUCUUUUGGCUUAAUGCAAUAGUCUGUUUUCAGACAAUUCUACAUUUUGAGUCUUAUGCACUGGAGGGUAAACAUUUUUUUUCUGACAAGGCAUAUCAAGACUAAGAAAAAUUGAUUUUGUAAUAUUUAAUGUUAAUUGGAAAACAAAUAAUUAUUUUCAAAAAAAGAUUUAAAUGAUAACUUUUUUAAAAAGAAAGGGUACUUUUAAUUUACAGUUUUUACCCUCGAAUAUUUUACUUGAGUUCUUUACCUAUGAGAAAUGAAUGAAAGAAAAUAAAACAGCAGAUUUGGUGAAGAACAUGGAACACUGUUAGCCUUAAAUUUUUUUCAUCUGAAGACAGUUCAAAUGUUGAUGCCCUGAAAUAUAGAGUAUUCUUCUGUAGUCCUGUGAGUAUUGUGUUUCAAUUAUCUAGUAACUACAAUUCCUUUGAAAUGUAAAUCAUAUUGACUCUUCAGUUGACAGUUUUAUAAAAGUUAUAGUGAAGUUUCUCUAAAAAUUUCCCUGCUUGAAUAUAUACAUUUCCAAAAGAUAGAGCACUGUAUUACAAAAUCUUUCGUGCACAUCAUUUGUCAUAUUAAGAUUAACAAUAGUGAAAAAUGUAAAAUAUUUGGCUAAAUAAAUUAACAUUUUAAAAUCUCUUCCUAUUAAUCUUCAGAACUCUUGAUCUUAAAAAUCAGAAUUUGCAUUUGAAUGUAGCAUUAGGCACUGCCUAAAAACGUUCUCAUGAACUAUUAGUUAACUUAGAAGUUAACACUGGAAUUCCUCUUAAGAUAUACAUUAAUCUUGAUACAAAAUUCAUCUUAAUGUACUGGAAUGAUUAAUCAGUUCUUCAUUAAUGUUAAGGAUUUCUAAGGACCUUUGAGAUUUUUGGUGAUCAUAAAUAUUAGCCCAUUGCUAACAAAGGUAAUCAGUGCCCUCUUGUGUUAUUGUAAGUUACUGCUCUCUUGUAUGAUUCUAUGUAUCCUCCUACAAAACUGUAUUCUCCCCUGAAUUGUACCUUGAUUGUGCUUCCAUUUAGACCAGAAAUGUCAUAAAAUAUUUUCUAUAGAAGACAUCUGGGUGGGGUGGCUACUGUUGGAACUCUACAGCUGAUGUACAGAUCAUAAAAAAUUCUUUUAAGCAGGUGUAUUUUUAAAAUCAUUUUAAUGGUAUUCCAGAUCACCUAGCUGUAGUAAAAUGUGCAUUAAAUUCUUGAGAUAUGAAUAACACUGUAGAAACAACUUGUAUAAAGGUAUUUCUGCAUCAGAAUUCUGGAUUGAUGAAAUAAGAUGUAAAAACUAUAACAUGCUAUACAUGUGCAGGUGCUUGAAAAUAAUGAUCAGCCACUAAAAAGUAUUAAAUCAGUGACUUAGUAUUAAUUUCUUGCUAUUUCCUUGCCACUAUAAAAUAAAGAUUUCGGUGACUGACUUAAUGAAA